ACACCUACAUAAUUUACCUAGUCAUGACUUUUAAUAAUAAAUCUCAUUUUCUAAUGUUAUUUAUGAUCUUUUCUACUUUAAUUCUUUUUGUGUCUGCUUUAGAUUUUCUUAAUGCUCCCGCAGAAUCACCAAGUUCGGGUGCUGACGGUUUCUUACCUCUAGCCAAAAAACAUGUUGUAAUCCGCAAUGUGGUAAAAAAUAGAGAAAUUUUGAAUGUACAUUGCAGAUCCAGUGAACAUGAUUUUGGGAUGGUCCAUAUUCCUUGGAAUGGUACAUGGGAUUUCAGCUUUCACGUCAACUUUUGGAAAAAUACCAAAUUUCGUUGUCACUUUACUUGGCAUAAUGGCGGAUCUCAUUACUUUAAUAUUUUUAAAGUAUACAAAGAUGAUAAUCCAGAUGGACGUUUUCCAGUUUGUAAAGAAUGUAUAUGGGAAGUAGGAAAAUAUGGUGAUAACGGCCAUAUUUGUCGUAUUGUUCGUGAUGGGAGACAUUUGCCUUACUGUUUUAAAUGGAAAGAUGGUCCUUAAGAAGAAAAAAAAAAGUUUUUGUUAUCACUAUAAUUUAUCAAAUAAAUGUAACCAUGAGAAUGAUUGAAUAAAUAUAAUACCAUUUAUAAUGUUCGAA